AUGUCGUCCCUCGUAAAGGAUAUUGCCCUCGUCAGUGGUGCUAACAGCGGAAUUGGUUUCGAGAUUGCCCACCAGCUCCUCCAGAGGGGAAAUUACCACGUUCUUCUCGGCUCUCGCUCUACCGCGAAAGGCUCUGCCGCCCUCCAAGACCUGCAAGCACGCAAACUACCGUGCAGCAUCGAGCUCGUGCAUCUCGACAUGCAAAAUGAUGACCACAUUACACAAAUCGCGACACUCAUUGAAGAGAAGCACGGCAAGCUUGACAUACUCUUCAACAAUGCCGCAGUUGCAUUACCAGAAGGCUUGACGGAGCGUGAACGCUUGACAACGGCUUUCGACGUGAACGCAACAGGCCCAUGGCUUCUUACGAAAGCACUCAUUUCAUUGCUGAGGAAGAGUGAAAAUCCGCGAAUCGUCAAUAUUUCCUCAGGAGCCGGAUCUAUUGGACGCCGCCUCUACCCAGACAGCCCAAUGUACAAAUUCCAAGCUGUUCCAUACCGCGCUAGCAAGGUCGCUUUCAAUAUGAUCAGUGCAUGUCUAUAUGUGGAGUACGGGCAGGGAAUUGAGCAGGUGGACUUUCCGGGUACCAAGAAGAGCGAUAUCGAGGUCGAAAGUGAGGAAAAGACCGUGGGAAUGAAAGUGUUUUGCUACGAUCCUGGCUUUACGGCCUCGAAUCUUGGACCCUAUAACAAAGAGGAGUUCGGUGCCAGGAGUGCGCAGGAAACGGUGAAGAGUAUCAUGGUACUCGUUGAUGGGGAGAGAGACGGGGAAUGUGGCAAGUUCAUCCACAAUACUGGAGAAUACCCAUGUACGGUGUCUUUUGAAGCACAGGGAAAGCAAGGCGUUUUCUUCAUGAACCGAAUCGCACCAGGCACAUCAGAACUAUAUAUCGCCAACGCGGAUGGAAGCGAUGAGCGCAAGCUAUUGAGCAAUAGUUCGAACUUCGAUUAUCACGCAACCUUCUCUCCUGAUGGGCAGUGGAUAACCUUCACUACCGAGCGCAAUGGGGAUGGUAACUCGGACAUAUAUCGCGUUCGACCCGACGGAUCUGACCUGGAGAUGAUAACAGCGACGCCGUCUAUGGAAGACGCAGCAACGUUGUCACCGGAUGGAAGCAAGAUCGCCUACGUUUCGACAGCCGAUGGUUACAAGGCCAACAUCUGGGUAAUGGACCUUGCAACACGCCAGACAACCAAGCUCACCAACACCGACCUUGUCAAGGGCAAUGAGAGCUUGCCUGAGAGCUAUCUGCGUCCUGCUUGGUCACCAGACGGCAAGUGGAUUGCUUUUUCUUCCGAUCGUGACACACAAUGGCGCGGCCAUGGCAACGGUACUGGAUGGGAACAUACCCAGGAGCUCUCGAUCUAUGCUAUCCGUCCCAACGGCACAGGCUUCAAACAGCUUGCGAAGAAAGAGGGUUAUUGUCUCGGAUCACCAAAGUGGUCUCUCGAUGGCAGGCGCAUCAUAUACUACGAGAUGUCUACUGAAGACACUUGGAAUGCUCAUCGUCCCGAGUCGUUACAAGCUGUUACUGGUCAGCUCGUAUCCAUUGACUUUGACACUGGCCUUGACCGCAUAGAGCACACGGAAGGCCCUGGUCUUAAGAUGUUCCCGCAAUGGAUCGGUAACAACACCAUUGCAUACCUACUCAAGAAUACGGAUGAUGAGGGUCUGAACUACGUCACGGACGUUUCCAAUGGUAACAGCACCCUCAGGGCCUAUAGAUCAUCGAUUCGCUCACCCUCCUGGUCCCCCAACGGCUCCCAGGUUGUCUACGAGAGAAUCGAUUUUGAUAUAGUUCGUCCCAUGGGGAAGAAACUAUACAGUUGGGAUGACGAGUGGGAGUAUCGCUUCACCGACAUUUUUCCUCAGCUUUCUUUACAGGGAAGACUUGCCAUCACUCAAAAGCAGCUCGGUAAUUCCAGUAUUAUUGCCAUGUCUCCUGACGGCAGCGAUGUCAUGGAGGUAUUCGAUGUGUUCUCCGCCAAUCAGAGCGAGGCCGCUAUAGCAAAGGGUCUUUCCGGUGCCUUUCAACCCUCAUGGACUUCAAAUGGUGACUGGCUCGUCUUUGGUGUAGGCUCAUGGUUUCAGAGCCGCAGUACAGGCUCUGGUGCGUUGUAUCGUGCGACCGCCAACGGUUCGUUCUUCGAGCAACUGACAGAUGGCUCUGUCAAUACCGGUUUCCCUAGCUACUCGCCCGAUGGUCGAUAUAUCGUUUACCGUGUCUUUGGCGGUGAAUACGGCCUACGCAUUAUGGAUCUGGAGGACCAAUCCGUUCGCGUACUCACGAAUGCCACUAGCGAUAAUUACGACAACUUACCUUUCUGGUCACCCGAUGGCUCGCGUAUCGUCUUCUCGCGUCGGGUCACCUAUACAAACUUCGAUGUCUGCACCAUCAAGCCUGACGGUACUGGUCUUCAAGUCCUGACCUCCAGUCUUGGUAAUGACGCCCAUGCGGUUUGGACGCAUGACGGCCGUAUCAUGUACUCUACAGCGCAGUAUGGAUUUCGAGAUGAGGCUGCGAUCUACGACAAUACAUUCCAACCAUAUGGGCAGAUCAUGAUUAUGAAUGCCGAUGGCAGUAACAAAACACUGCUAGUGGAUAGCAUGUGGGAGGACUCAAUGCCUUUGUAUGUUCCGAAUGGGUUCUUUGGUUUGUAG